GGUACUGUAAAACAAAAAGCAGAGGUCUUACUGUUACAAUUUAGCUCUCUCUCCAUAAUUCCGACAGAGGAAACGAUCCAACGCAUAGAAGAGUAAACCUCCAGAGCUGAACUUUGUGCCAAUUACAAUACCUUACCUAGAAUUAUGAUUUCGCUUCAAUUGUUCAAUCAGUGAUCAAGAUUAUUAGAAGUGCAAUUGGGUCCGAUUCUAUUCCGCCGUUGAUUAAUAAUUGAGUUUGAGAGGAAAUGAUGGAGCGGAGGCGGCAGGUCUUCUCGGUGGACCUGCUGGAAAGGUACGCCGCUAAAGGACGGGGGCAGAUUACUUGUAUGGCCGCCGGAAAUGACGUCAUUGUGUUGGGAACCAGCAAAGGGUGGGUCAUCCGGCACGAUUUUGGUGUUGGCGAUUCGUUUGAUAUUGAUCUCUCUGUGGGGAGAGCUGGGGAACAAUCAAUCCACAGGGUGUUUGUUGAUCCAGGAGGUAGUCAUUGUAUUGCCACUGUAGUUGGUGGUGGAACUUCUGAUACAUUUUACACACAUGCAAAAUGGUCUAAGCCUCGCAUUCUGACCAAAUUCAAAGGUCUUAUCGUGAAUGCUGUUGCCUGGAAUAGGCAGCAUAUUACAGAAGCUUCCACAAGGGAAAUUAUUCUUGGCACAGACAAUGGCCAACUUUAUGAAGUUUCUGUAGAGGAGAAGGAAAAGAGAGAAAAGUACAUCAAAUUUUUAUUUGAACUCAAUGAACUUCCUGAAGCUUUCACGGGAUUGCAGAUGGAAACAACAGGCACAAAUAAUGGAACUAGAUAUUACGUGAUGGCUGUUACUCCCACCCGACUUUAUUCUUUCACAGGAAUAGGUUCAUUGGAGUCUGUUUUUGCUAGCUAUGCAGAACGUGCUGUUCACUUCAUGGAACUUCCUGGUGAAAUAGCUAACAGUGAGCUGCAUUUUUUUAUUAAACAGAGAAGAGCAAUACAUUUUGCAUGGCUAUCUGGAGCAGGAAUCUAUCACGGUGGCCUUCAUUUUGGAGCACCACGCAGUUCACCAAACGGGGAUGAAAACUUUGUGGAGAACAAGGCUCUUUUGAAUUACUCGAUAUUAGGUGAAGGUGUGCUGGUCAAACCUAGCUCCUUGGCAGUGUCUGAGUUUCAUUUCCUUCUCCUGGUUGGGAACAAGGUUAAGGUUGUAAAUAGGAUUAGUGAACAGAUCGUUGAGGAGCUUACCUUUGAUCAAACACCUGAUGCAGUUUCAAGGGGUGUUCUUGGUUUAUGCAGUGAUGCAUCUGCUGGGCUUUUCUAUGCAUAUGACCAGAAUUCCAUCUUUCAGGUAUCUGUGAAUGAUGAAGGCCGAGACAUGUGGAAAGUGUAUUUAGACUUAAAGGAAUAUGCUGCGGCUUUGGCAAAUUGUCGUGAUGCCCUCCAAAGAGAUCAAGUUUACCUGGUGCAGGCUGAAGCAGCUUUUACCGCAAAGGAAUUUCUCAGAGCAGCGUCUUUUUAUGCGAAGAUUAACUUUGCAUUGUCAUUUGAAGAGAUAACUUUGAAGUUUAUUAGCAUAGGCGAACAGGAUGCUUUAAGAACCUUUUUGUUGCGGAAGCUUGAUAAUUUUUCAAAAGAUGACAAAUGCCAGAUAACAAUGAUUUCCACAUGGGCAACUGAAUUAUAUUUGGAUAAGAUUAAUCUACUACUUUUGGAAGAUGAUGCUGGGUCUGAUAAUGUGAGUUCAGAGUAUCAAUCAAUCAUCACAGAAUUCCGUGCCUUUUUGAGUGACUCCAAGGAUGUAUUGGAUCAUGCUACCACCAUGAAACUUCUAGAAAGCUAUGGUAGAGUUGAUGAAUUGGUAUACUUUGCUAGUCUUAAGGAGGAAUAUGAGAUUGUGGUUCAUCAUUAUAUUCAGCUAGGAGAAGCAAAGAAAGCGCUGCGAGUUCUUCAGAAACCCAAUGUUCCUGUAGAACUUCAGUACAAGUUUGCACCAGACCUUAUCAUGCUUGAUGCAUACGAAACUGUUGAAUCAUGGAUGACCACAAAAGACCUAAAUCCAAGGAAGCUGAUUCCUGCAAUGAUGCGUUAUUCAAGUGAACCACAUGCAAAGAAUGAAACUCAUGAAGUGAUUAAAUAUUUGGAGUAUUGUGUUCAUCGUUUGCAGAAUGAGGAUCCUGGUGUCCACAAUUUGUUGCUCUCUUUGUACGCCAAGCAGGAGGACGAGAGCACUCUUCUCCGAUUUCUGCAAUGCAAGUUUGGAAAAGGGCAGCCAAAUGGCCCAGAAUUCUUUUACGAUCCAAAAUAUGCAUUGCGUCUUUGUCUCAAGGAAAAACGGAUGCGUGCCUGCGUGCACAUAUACAGCAUGAUGUCCAUGCAUGAAGAAGCAGUUGCUCUUGCUCUACAGGUGGAUCCGGAGCUUGCUAUGGCUGAAGCUGACAAGGUUGAAGAUGAUGAAGACUUGAGGAAGAAGCUUUGGCUUAUGGUUGCCAAGCAUGUCAUCGAACAAGAGAAAGGAACAAAGAGGGAGAACAUCCGGAAGGCUAUUGCAUUUCUCAAGGAAACUGAUGGACUUCUGAAAAUUGAAGAUAUCUUACCCUUUUUCCCGGAUUUUGCAUUGAUUGAUGACUUCAAAGAGGCAAUCUGCUCAUCUCUGGAGGAUUACAAUGAGCAAAUUGAAAAACUCAAACAGGAGAUGAAUGAUGCUACGCAUGGUGCAGACAACAUAAGGAGUGAUAUCAGCGCACUCGCACAACGAUAUGCUGUCAUCAAGCGAGAUGAGGAAUGUGGGGUGUGUCGAAGGAAAAUAUUAAAUAUAGCUGAUGAUUACCGGAUGGCUAGGACCUAUACUUCAGUUGGAUCUAUGGCUCCUUUUUAUGUCUUUCCAUGUGGACAUUCCUUUCAUGCGAACUGCUUGAUUGCCCAUGUGACUAGAUGCACUACUGAAGCUCAAGCAGAAUAUAUAUUGGAUUUGCAGAAGCAGCUGACUUUACUGGGCAAUGAACCUAGGAAGGAAAUGAAUGGAGGUUUAACGGAAGAGGAACCAAUAACAAGCAUGACUCCUGGGGAUAAGAUCCGAUCACAGUUGGACGAUGCCAUAGCUAGUGAAUGCCCAUUUUGUGGUGAUCUGAUGAUCCGUGAGAUAUCUUUGCCUUUCGUCCGGCCGGAGGAAACAGAUGAAAUUGAAUCGUGGGAAAUAAUGCCACACAAUCUUGGAACUCAGAAGACUCUGUCAUUAAUUGCGUGAUUUUACUCUUACCUCUUGAUGUGCUUUCCAUCUCUCUGAUACUGGAGCAUAGAUCCAAGUUCCGGUUAAGCAUUUGUUGUUCUCAGGACCAAUGAAAUACGAUUUGGUAAAGUGAUGUACAUAUUGGUGUUAACUUUGUUUCUUGUGUCACUUUGCUCAUUGUUGUCCUUUCUGAGGUGUUACUUUUCAUUCUUUCACAUUAUGUACAUGUUCGAUACCAUUCUUGUUGUGCUGAAUAAUCUCCAGUCAUCAUAGAACGUUGUAAUCUGAGGCCCGUUUUCAGCAUGUUAUUUAUUUUUUAGUCUUGAGUGAGGUUUUCAAGAUGUGUUCUAGUAAUGGAUUCGUUCUCCAAUUUGAGGGGUUAUCAUUUAACAUUUGGAGGAAAUUUUCAUUGUUGUAAACUGUAUUCUCCUACUGAUAUCGUGUCAUAAGCGGCUUUAGCUGUUGGUUUC